AUGGGUCGUCGUUUUAUUUGUGAUUAUUGUGACAAAUCAUUUCCAGAUAAUCCAAUUAAUCGAAGAAAUCAUCUUAAAGGUGUACAACAUCAACAAGCUCGAAAAUUACAUUAUGAUAAAUUUCUUGAUCCUAAAGAGAAACUUAAUAUAGAGAAAGCAAAGAAACCAUGUAUCACAUUUCGUAAUUCUGGUACAUGUCCUUAUGGUUCAUUAUGUAAAUAUUCUCAUUUAACCAUUGAAGAGAUUCAUAAUUUAGAAGAGAAAUCUAAUGCUGAACUAUUAGCUUCAUCUUAUCUAAAUCAUUUAACAUCUGAAGUGAAUAUUAAUCAUCAAAUUCAUAUAUUAGAAUCAAAAUUACUAUCUAAACGUGAUAAACAGUUGAAUUCUGGAUCAAUUCAACGAUUUCAUAUUCCAGAAGGUAUACAAAUAUUAUAUUUACCUCCUUCAUUAUCUUUACAUUAA